AUGAAUUGUGGAUUUAUCCUGGUACUACUACACAUUUAUUACAUUCAAGCAAUGCACGAAAUAAACAACCCAAACGGGUUCAGUUCCUUGGAGUCAUUACAUACAUUCAGAACUCAAGAUAAUUCCCCCGGAGUUUUUUCGCGUAUAUAUACAAAAUUCACAGACUUAUUUAAAACUACUAAAAGAAAACUGGGCUAUGAAAAUGAAGAUGCGAAUGUAGUGCAUUAUAGCAAAGAUGCAGAUGAUGAAUGGUCUCAACUUAUAUGUGACGCUGAAAGAAAUACAAAUGAAACUAAUCCAGCUACGGGCAAUCCUAGUAAAAAAAAAGAACUCUAG